AUGAUUAAAAAAAACAAAUACGUAGAAUUAAUAUAUACUUUACGAUGCAAGUUAAAUGCCAAUUAACUUGAAGCGAAAAAUUUAUUCAAGGCCUUUUUAAAUUAUAUAUAAGUAAUAUUGGUCAAAUUUAAGAAAUCAAUUUUGAAGAGGUUAGUUUUUAAUUAUGGUAUAAACCUAAACUGAAUUUUAGGUUUACUUAGGAAAUCUUCAAAUUCACAAAUGCCAGGUGGUACCAUGACAUUAGUAUGACUGGAUAAAUUUUCCUAGCUAGUACGGCCGGAAUAUGGAUGCAGGGUUUUCCUAUAGUACGGCCGGAAUAGGAAUGA